GUAGUUGGCUUUGGGGCGCUGCGGCCGGACGCUGUCUGUCAAUCACACGCACAAAAAACGGUGAGAACAAGAGCGGAGAGACGCUGCGGGUCCCACCGAGCCGCCACCAUGCCCUGUCGGAAGGAGAACUACAUCCUGCUGGAGCAGUCCGUCACCGUGGACUCCAAAGAAGUGGACGCGCUGGUGACGAAAAUCGGCGAGGCGCUGCAGCUCCACAACAAUAGCGGCGGGCACCAGAAGACGGUGUCCGUAUCCGUGUCCUGCCUGCAUGGCCUCGGCGGAGGCGGAGCAGCCGGCGUCGGAGACGGAGGAGCGGCGGCGGCGGGGGGCCAAAAACGUAACGGCUGCUGUGUGCGACUCCGGAACCGGGUUCACCGAGGAAGUAGCAGGGCGAGCCCGUAUUACAUCCCCGGCGGGUCGAACGGGGAGCAGGACUGGGACCAGAUCAGACCGUGGAACAAAAAGCGGAUCGGCGUGGAGGACGACGACGACCCGCACCGGCUGCUGCAGGAACUAAUUCUGUCCGGGAACCUGAUUAAAGAGGCCGUCAGGCGGCUGCAGUUCUCGGGUGCGGACUGUGGGGACAACGUUCCGUGCUGAUAGCGGACCGGACGGUACUCCAUGUGUUUGACUAGCGGCUGGGUUAGCCUGUUAGCCUGUUAAUAGCUGGGUUAGCCUGCUAGCCUCGCGGCUAACGACCGUUUGCGGGAUGCAGUGGAACGUAAAAGUUUUUACUUUUACAGACAAAUAUCAGUUCUGUGACAUGAUGCUUUGAUUGACUACUGAUUUGAUUCAUAACAAAAAUAAAAAACGAGCCUGUCUUCUAAAAUCAGUGAUUUGGAUGAUUCUGCAAAGACGGAAUCACUUCAGAUCGCAGCUUUUUGUUUUAGUUUUUUUUUUUUUUUUUUUUUUUUAUAAUCAUUCCUGUCUUCUGUGGCUGUGAUCAGAGCAGACACAACUUCGACAAAACUACAACACUCGACGUUUUCUGGAACAAAAUAUUUCAACAUGCAGGAAAACGCCUGAAAUCAGUCUAUUUUUUUCAGUUUUGUAACGUUUAAGUCACUCACAGCUACAAAAGUCUUCAAGUAUCGUUCAGCAGCAGAACAAACACGGACUAAUAAAAAUGAAAGCAAAUCGCGUCGUUAAUGCAGAAUUUCAACAUUCUGAACAUGGUUUCCAAACAUUUGAAACAGUUUUAAUGUUGAUUAAUAAAUAACACCAUCUGCGCGCACCCUGCUGUCAGAUCGUAGUACUGCAGCUGUUGUAAAUCAGUUUAAUUUAAAUGCCAGAUAACUGAAGCUGCUACUUUUAUAUUAAACUGACGGGUGAAGUUUCUUGCUGUUGAAAAGUUCUGUUUUUUGGGGUUCUGUGACCCUUUUGUUUUCUCACUGCAUCCCUGCAUUUUUUUUUUCCGGGGGGGGGGGGGGUCCCCUUUUCCUUCAUGUUUACAGUCGAAUACUGGAUGGAUGGGCCUCUCGCUCCCUCGGCUUGGUUCUGACUUUGACCCACUUGUGGCUGUCACGUGUUUUGACAGUGCAGCAGCUCAUUUCAACCAGACCGACCAGUGAAGCUGGUCUGGUCUGGGCCCUAGUAUCUCUGUAGCUUUGAAUUUCCAAAGACAUUAACAGGGGAACAUGCGGAGCACUGGGACGGGGUCGGUGAGGACAGCCACGUCCUUUAACUCCUACAGACUGAACUGUAACUGUUGGUGAACUCGACACUUUUGUGGUGCUUUGAUCUUUUGGAAUUCCGGCUGGGAGUUCUGUUGUUUUUGGAUUUAGUUCCUGUCUGUUAACAAAAUCAACUCAACUGCUUCGUAACGAAGCGUUUGAUAACAUUCCUGAAUAUUCAGGGACUUUUUUGUUUGUUUGUUUCUCUGUCUCAAUAAACAUGUUUGGUUUUUUCAAG